AUGAGCGGGGUUGGCCCCGCGCUUCCCGGCCGCAGCGGAGCAGCUCCGCUGCCUAGCGAGAGGAAUCGGGAGGCGCUGGCGGGCAGUUCCCCCAUUCAGCCCAUCAUAAAGGAUGUUGGGGAAAUCUAUUCAAGACUGCUGGAUCACAGACCAGUAAUUCAGGGAGAAAUACGUUACUUCGUUAAAGAAUUUGAAGAAAAACGCGGCCUCCGAGAACUGCGAGUCCUAGAAAACCUCAAGAACACCAUCUUUGAAACGAAUGAGCAUGUUCUCCCAAAGUGUGAGCAGGCCAUGCAUGGCACUUUGAAUGAAACAUUCAAGAGAUUGCAAGCUGCCAACAAGAUGAUCCAGAGAGUCCAAGAGAGGGAGCUUGAAGCGAGGAAGCUUCAUGAGGACAAGCUGCUGGCUCGUGAAGAGAAGCGUGUAGGCCACUGGGAGGAAUUCAUGAAAGAGCAACAAAAUAAACAAGCAGAGGUAGAUCAAGAACACAGAAAAGCCAUGGAGCAUCUCAAAGAGCAGUAUUCUGAGAUGGAGAAGGAGCUGGCCAAAUAUGUUUCUUUUUAAGACCUU